AUGAGACCAGCUCGGAUUCUCGCGGCCGUUGUGGCCAUGUCCUCCGUUACGCAUGCUAUUUCGGAUGCUUUUGACAAUAUUCAUGGCCUGGCUGACGUCAAGGAGGUGCUUUUUGGACGACAAGACAACAACAACAACAAUAACAAUAACAACAACGACAACAGCAAGACAGAUGCCCCGGCGAGCACACCAGCCCCCAAGCCCACGGGUGAUAGCAACAACAACGACAAUAAUAAUAACAGCAGCAAUAACAACAACGACAACAAGACCAGCAACAACAAUGACAACAAGAGCGGUGACAACAACGACAGCAAGACCGCAUCCGACCCCAAGGAGACCGGAACACCCACAGGCAAAGAAUCGGGCAGCAAAACCACCAAGAAGCCAACAAAGUCCACAACCUUCGACCCCCGACUCCCUGCCGGUGGUAUUACCAUGGUCACCCCAGACGCUCUUGCUGGUUCACAAUUCUACAAGGUCGGUGACUACAUCACAUUCGCUUGGAACUACACCUCCCUCUCGGUCACCCCCACAGCCAUCGACGUCCUUGCCUCCUGCACCGCCAACCAAGCCACAUACACCAUCGCUGUCAACAUGUCUUCCGCCGAGACACAGGUGGUAUGGAACACCAAGGAGACACCAGAGGGCCAGGCACCCUUCUUGACCGAGAACUACAAGCUCCUCAUCUACGACUCCAACUCGACUGCCACUGCACCACCGCGAGCUGGUUACUUGGGUGCUUUCAGCGGUUUCACCUUUGGCAUGUACCUGCCCCAGCCAUACACCUCCCUCAAGGAUGGCUGGAACUGCCCCAACUGCAACUCCGCCCUGUCAAAUCUCGAACGAAUGACGCUCACAACCAUGCUCUUCACCUGCGGAACAACAGUCGGUUCGCUAGUGUACUUCACAUAUCAAUUUGGCCUGUGGUGA